AUGGCAGGACUGGUGACGACCAAGCGGGGUCUUUUGCUCUCGCUGUUCGUCCUCGGUCUAGCCAUCUUUUACCGGCAGCGAUGGCAGACGGCAGACUUUACGGCAUCCUCUGGGGGAGCAGAGACGAAGACGUACUGCUACAGCGGGGGCGUCAGGACGGGGGUGGAACACCCGGCGAGGGCCGAUUGCUUUUCCGUAAGCGACGGACGCGUCACGGAGCUGCACGCCGAGGCCGCCGAGGUUCCCGGCGCCGAGAUGCGGCCAGGACACGCGAUGCCGGGUCUCUGGGACGGCCACGGGCAUCUGCUGCAGUACGGCGAGUUCCUGCACUCGGUCGACCUCUUUGGGGCCUCGUCCUUUGACGAGGUCAACCGCAGGAUCGUGGCCUACCUCGAGGCCAACCCCGGCGUCGGCUCGCGGGGCUUGUGGAUCAGGGGAGUUGGGUGGGAUCAGAUGGCUCUGGGGGGCAUGCCUAGUGCUGACAUGCUGGCCCGGGAAGAGCGGCUCAGGGGCCUCUACAUCAUGGUAGACCGGGUCGACGUCCACUGCACCUGGGUGUCUCGCUCGGUGCUCGACCUGCUGCCCGCCGACCUCCCGCGCGAGGUGCCCGGCGGCGAGAUCAUCCGCGAUCCCGGCAUGGGCGUCUUUUGCGACAACGCCAUGGACAUUGUCACGGCGCUGUGGCCACGCCCCGGCCGCGGGACCAAGCAGGAGUUUGUGCGGUCGGCCAUGAAGGCCCUCCACAGCGUAGGGCUGGUGGGCAUGCACGACGCCGGGGCGACACCGACGGACCUGGCCAUGAUGCAGGCUAUGGCCGCGGCGGGCCCAGACGGCGGCUUCACGCUCAGGGUGUACGGGAUGCUCGAGUGCGAGGAGCGCAACACUGUCUGCCUGGCAAAGGCGGCCGCCGUCAGACACGAGGACGACGACAUGCUCACGAUCCGCAGCGUCAAGCUUUUUGGCGACGGGGCGCUGGGCAGUUGGGGCUCGGCCAUGCUGGAGCCAUACAGCGACCGGCUGGACGACGGAGCCGCGGGGUCGCUGCUCGUCAACGCCUCGACGCUGGCACGGGUCGCGCGAGAGUGGGCGGCGGGAGGUUGGCAGGUCAACAUCCACGCGAUAGGGGACCUGGCGAACCGCGUGGCCAUCGACGCCAUGGAGGCCGUGCUGCGUGACGGCCUGGGCGACGCCGCCGCCGACUCCGACACCGACGCCCUGCGCAGGCUGCAGGAGGAGCGCUACCGGAUGCGGAUCGAGCACGCGCAGAUCGUGCACCCGGACGACCAGAAACGCAUGUUUGCGCUCGGCAUCAUACCAUCCAUCCAGCCGACGCACGCCACCUCGGACAUGAGCUACGCGGAGCUGCGUCUAGGCCCCGAGAGGACGCGGACCGAGGCCUACCGGAUGAAGACGUUUCUGCCCUUGAACCCUGUUCUGGGGAGCGACUUCCCCGUCGAGCCGCCAAAUCCGUUCCAGGGCAUCUACGCCGCCGUCGCGCGCAAGAACCCGCACACCGGCAAGGGGGCCGACGGCGUGACCGAUCGCGGCUGGCACUUGGAGGAGGCCCUCACCGUGGACCAGGCGCUGGCUGGGUUUACCCGUGGUCCUGCCCACGGGGCCUUCAUGGAGGGCAAAGCGGGCGUCAUUCAAAGGGGCUCUUUUGCAGAUUGGGUCGUCAUUGACCAGCCCCUGGAAUCACUGGACCCAAUCGUCGGGCUUGAGGACAGGCUGCGCACUUUCGCAGUCGAAGAGACGUGGGUAGCGGGUAGAAUGGUAUACUCGAAACAGGAGGCAUCGACAUGA